AUAUUUUUAUCCUUAACUUUGAAAGCUGAUUUCGAAGUUUUGUUAUAUUAGUGCUUCAGACAUGGCGGUGUGCGCGCGACUCCUCGUACUGUCCCUGUGGGGGCUUGGGCUGGCGUCAACGAUGGAAGUGCCCUCGUUAAAAAUGAACAACGGCAGAGACAUGCCCGCCAUCGGCCUGGGCACGUACCUUGGGUUUGAUCAGAACGGUGUAGUGACGUCCAAGAACAAGCAGCUCCGUGAUGUUGUCAUGCGCGCCAUAGAUGUCGGAUACCGUCAUUUCGACACCGCCUCCGUUUACGAAACUGAACAAGAAAUUGGAGAAGCCGUGAAGAUGAAGGUAGAGGAAGGAGUCGUCAAAAGAGAAGAUAUCUUUAUCACUACUAAGCUGUGGAAUACCCAGCACCGGAGAACUGAAGUAGCCCAAGCUAUAAACGAUUCACUGAAGAAACUAGGUCUGGAUUAUAUAGAUCUUUAUUUGAUGCACUGGCCCAUUGGAUUAAAUGCCGAUUACAGUCAUUCGGACGUGGACUUCAUGGAGACCUGGCGAGGAUUGGAAGAUGCUCAGCGAAUGGGUAUAGUUAAAGGCAUCGGACUGUCUAACUUCAACAAGCAGCAGUUGGAGAGGGUGCUGAAGGAAGGCACUAUCAAACCUGAUGCUAUUCAAAUAGAGGUUCACCUCCAAAACGUUCAGAAAGAAAUGGUGGAAUUUUGUCAGUCUGAAGGUGUUGUAGUCAUGGGCUAUUCUCCUUUCGGUUCCUUGGUAGCCAGACAUGGUUCGACAGUCGAAGGGCCCAAGAUGGACGAUCCAGUGCUCAGCUCCAUCGCCCAGAAAUACGGGAAGACCACUCCUCAAAUUGUCUUGAGAUGGCAGAUUGAGCGCAAAGUCGUGCCAAUCCCCAAAACCGUCAACCCGAAACGCCUGGAGGAGAACAUUAACAUCUUCGACUUCACUCUUACACCGGACGAGGUCGAGAAGAUUAACGGGUUCGAUACACAUACCAGAUACACCCUGCCGUCGUUUUGGCAGAACCACCCGUAUUACCCGUUCGACAAGGUUGAUAAUCCCAUCGCUGACCCUUUUAUUAAGGUAUAGGAUGGAUUCCACUGUCAUCAUCACGGCGUUACUGUCUUUUAAUGUCGUCUCGCGAGUUGCAGAUCAUUUAAAACACUUUUUAAUUACAUCUUGUGUUUGUUUUAUUCAUUUUCGAAAUUUUAAAUGUAUCAAAUUGUACUAAUUGUACUGAUUAACCAAACAAAAUGAACACAUGAUUAAUAAAUAGUGUUUUAAUCAAUUUUGAAAAGUUUUAUUUUUUAUAUUUUUUAUAU